CUCUAUGGAUUAGUUUCUCUUUGUUUGUCAAUCCAUACAAGCCCAAUAUCCAAGCAUCUUUGAUUUUUGUUGUGAUUUUUUAGAAUUGCUGCUUUUUAAAAAGUAGUUUCCAUUGUAAAGUGAUAUUAAAUUAAUGUUCCUUUGUUUGAUUACAUUUGUGACGAUGUCUUCUAUGGAUUUUGAUUUGUAAUAUUUACGAAAGUGUUACGUAUAACAAUUUUGUGGGACAACAAGUGAAGUGACGCGCUCUCCUUGCAGAAGCCAAUAACAAGCUAUAAAUAAUUUGCUUCACGGUAAUACCGAUUUGAAAAUCAAAUUUUUCCUUUAUUUGUGAUGUACCCGCAUUCCAUCACAGCGGAAGAACAGAAGACGAAUCUUAUUCCGAGUGUGAAACUUCUACACUCAAAAAGAAAAGGAAUAUUCAUACACCCCUCUGCUAUGUACAGAAGUAGUGCACGGUGCUGCACGAUAAGAAUACCGUUUAUAUCAAGAAGUUUGUGUGGUUAAAAGUCGCCGGAUACAUUUAGGCAGGAUGAAACUCUUGGAGAGUGGACACUUGGAGGCUCUUAGCCGAGCGCUGUCGAUCCUAAACGGCGACAGUGCAGUGCAGGGCCGUGUAGAGAGCUACAGCUGCAAGAUGGCAGGUUCUGAAAAAGCUUUCUACAAGAAGUUUACGGCUGAUGGAGAAACUACUCAUAAUCUCCAGGCCCUUUCACCACCAGAGGGUAUCCCAUAUAGUCGAAGCCUUUCUGGUGAUGAAGAUGGCGUGUUGUGUGAUACAAUCUCUCGGAAGACAUUGUUCUAUCUGAUUGCAACACUGAAUGCUGCCUUUCCAGAUUAUGAUUUUUCAAUGGCAAAGAGCAGUGAAUUCAGUGCAGAACCAUCCCUGAGUUGGGUACAGGGGGCAGUGGAUGCAGCUCUUUCUGCAGUAGGGGGGAUGCGUUGGCGACAGCUGCGACCUGCUCUGUGGUCAGCCAUAGACAAGGAAGUGGUCCUCUCAGAGUGCCGCAUUUACAGUUACAACCCAGACUUAGCCAGUGAUCCUUUUGGAGAACCAGGCUGCUUGUGGGCUUUUAACUAUUUCUUUUACAACAGAAAGCUAAAACGCAUUGUAUUCUUCACUUGUAGAGCUAUGAGCCCUGUGUGUGCAGUUGACUCUGGUGUCGACUUUGCCAUGGAUGAAGAUGAAGAAUAUAACUGAACAAAAAUAAUAUCAUAAGUUUAACUGUUUCAAUAAUUUUAUUUUCGAUAAUGGUUUUAACAUCCUCAUUACUAACCAAAGUUUCAAUUAUUAUUUUGGUCUUGUCUAACUGGAUAUUUAAUAAUCCUUUUGCUUGAUCUAGACUAAGUACAUACAAUUUACUUCACUUUACAUUUGAAUUAGAAAUGUGUCUGCUUCAAGAAUUUGAUAUUUAGCAGUCAAACAUAUUUGAAGCAAUUAUUUGUAUGUGUUUUUUUAUUUACGUAUGUAUUAAUAAACUACAUCCACAACUUAUGUUUUUAAAAAAUGUGGAUUAUUAAAUUAUUAAAUGCACUUUAAAAAAAUAUUUUACGUAGCAACUAUUGCAAUAAGUUUAAAAGAAAAAGCUUUUAUAUUUUUAAUUUUUUUCUAAAGAUUUUUAACAAGUAUUUUUAGUUUUACAGUUAUCCUUUGAAAUAAUGAUGGUGUCUUUGAUCUAAGUACCUACUAAUCACUACUUAUAAGUUCAUUAAAAGUUAGGAUUUAUGCAAUGUCAUAUUCAAGUACAAAAUUAAUUGUGUACAACAAUACAUACUUUUAAAGUAGGUAUACCAGUUAAUUAUCUUAUAGUGCUAGAAAAUAGUGGAUUCACUGUUCUAGUGUUAGUUUUAUAGUGUACACAACUAUAAAUUUUAUUUGGUGUAAGAAUUUAAUAUAAGGAGAAAGUAUAUGUUUUUUGCUUUUGAAAAUUACAUUACUUAUUGACUCACCAUCUGCUACAAUAUGAGAGUUCUGACAAAUCUUUAAUUGCGACAAAGUUAUGAAAUAGCAACAAGAAGUGAUGUAAACAGUUUCUGUAUCGAAGCAAUUUGUUUUUUUUUUUUUCACUGGUGGCUUUUAUAUAAGUUAGCACCUUCUUUUUUGCUUCUACAUAUUUAACAUUUGUAAAUUUAAUCAAAUAUUACUUUUAAGAUUCUGCUACUACUUAAUUAAAAAAAAAUGUGAUUUGUUCCAUUUUAUGAUUCGUUAUUAACAACCAAUUAAAGAAUGCACAUUAUAAAGGAAUCUAACUUUAGUACCUCAUUGGAAAAAUAUUGAUCUCAUUCAAAGCCAAUACUUAUUUUUUUUAACAGAGAUCUUUAAGAUUAGAUUACUGCGGCAAUUCUUUGUGUCUGCUCUGGGUUUCACUAAGAUGACUUUAAUAAGAUAUCGUGAUAGAAUAUAUUAAUGUGGAUAGAAUAAGUCACUUUGAAUAGUCCGCCUAUAGUUCAAGGCGUCACCUGUACACAUUGGGGAUAAUAACCAUUCAUCAUUAUAAACAAAACUUCUGGUUACUAUCCGCCAUGCCUUUUACAUUAUAUUGUUAGUAGAAUAAUAAAUUUUUCGUCUC